AUGGGUAUCAACCACGGAACAAGUAAAGUGAGUAAAGUUUCAUUUUUUUCUAUCGUUGUUUGUUUGUUUCUUUCUUUCUUUCUUUCUUUCUUUCUUUCUUUCUUUCUUUUCUUUAAACCCUUUCCUUACCCCUUUCGUUCCCGUCUAUAUAAUGUGUAUCGAAAAUGUUAUCCGAAAUCCCUCAGUUGCAAACUCCUAAGCCCGAAUCUCCAAAUCAACAUCACUGCCAUUACAAAGCUUCAUUUUCCGCCGCCAUUCAAAUUUGGGCACCCAUUCUUUAUUUCUUUCUUCCUUUUUUCUUUUUUCUUCUUUCUUUCUUUCUUUCUUUCUUUCUUUCUUCGUGUCAAGCAUUCUUCAUUUCAUUCUUUUUUCUUUCUUUCUUUCUUUUUUUUCAAGCCCUCUUCAUUUCGUUCUUUCUUUCUUUCUUUCUUUCUUUUGUCUCAAGCCUACUUCAUUUUUUCUUUCUUCUUUCUUCUUUCUUUCUUUCUUUCCUCGUAUCAAAUGUUUUUCAUUUUUUUCUUCCUUUAUCUUUCUUCCUGUCUAUCUCUCUUUCUUUCUUUCUUUCUUUUCUCUCAAGCUUUCUUUCUUUCUUUCUUCAUUUCAAGCAUUCUUCAUUUCUUUCUCCCUUUCUGUCUCUCUUUGUUUGUUUGUUUCUUUCUUUGGUUUCCAGUAUUCUUUAUUUCUUUCUUCCUUUCUUUUAUUUCUUAUUUUCUUUCUUCCUUUCUUCUAGUCAAGUAUACUUCAUUUUUUUCUUUCUUUUUUGUCUCAUGCAUACUUCAUUUUGUUUUUUUUCUUCUUUUCUCUUUCUUUCUUCCUUUCAUCUCAAAAAUUCUUCAAUUCUUUCUUUCUUCAUGUCAAACAUUCUUCAUUUCUUUCUCCCUUUCUCUUCCUUUCUUUCUUUUCCUUCUUCCUAUCACGCAUUCAUCAUUUCUUACUUCCUUUCUAUUUCUUUCUUUCUUUCUUUUGUCUCAAACCUUCUUUCUUUCCUUUUUCUUUCUUUCUUAG